ACAUUGACAAAGGCGGGAAAAAAAUAAAGAAUAUUGAAUUGAAUGUCAGUAUCAAAGCUUUCUAUUUACAUUUCUAUUUCUAUCUUUGGAAUAGGGAUAAAAUAAAGAUAGUUUGUGAUUAUGUUACCUAAUUUGUUGUGAAUUUAUUUAAAGUUAAGUGGCUAUUACUCACUAUCAUUUGCGUACAUAUGUGCAUAAUUAACAGCGAGACGUAGAUAGCUUGCAAAUCAGGUUAAAUAAUAAACAUUAUGUUUAAAAUCUACACGGACCCUAACUUUUAAUUUUCUGCAAGACAAGAAAAAUGAAUGUCAAAGAAUUUGAUUUGGUAAAAACGUUAACAUCACAACAAAUCGACCAAGUAACUUGUUUGGAAUGUUGCAAAUAUUAUGUGGCACCAGCAACUGCCGCUUGUGGCCACACAUUAUGUCUUACUUGUUGGCGAGGACGUCGAACAUGUCCAACAUGUUCACACCAAUUCGACCGCAAAUCAUUGAAGCUUAAUGUGCCACUUCAAUCUCUUAAAGAUCAUGUCCAAGUACUCGGAGAGGCAUUUGAAAAACUCACCAAAACAAAUAUAUUUAGCCUUCAAAACACACCUGAUGAAAUGGAAAUAGAACAAGAUCCUGUUAAAAAUGUUAAAGAUUGGUUAACUAGUUCUCAAAAUCAUUUUUCAGCACCUAUCCAGAGUUCUGAAACAUUUUCACAGGAUCUACAACAACCAUCCAAUCCUAUGGAGGUGUCAGCCAGUAAUAUUAUUAUUCACACUGAAUCUAAGAAAGUUGAUGCCCCUCCUAAAGUUAUUUAUGUCCCACCACCUCAAGAUGAUUGGGACAAAAUAGAGCCUAUUGCUGACACAGAAGAAUUUCCUAAAAAAAGAAGCAAUAUUGCAGGUCCUAUGGAUAUAGAACCAUUUUAUUUAGAAGACACUGAAUAUACAACAAAUAAUCCACGCCGAAGUUCUCGAAAAAGAGAGAAAAAUGAUGAUUCCACUACAAAAGACCUUUCUUCUAAUGUCCAUAGUUCUAGAGAUUCCAGUGGUGACAAUGAUAAAAAGUCACAAAAGACUAAACAAACUUGGAAUAGUGUAAAAAGGAUGAGAAAGGAAUUUAGUAAGUUGAAUAAAAAAAAUCGCAACAAACUCAAUGUGUCUAUUGAGAUGGUUAAGAAGACACAGAACUUGAAGCCAAUUACAAGCACCCCAGUUGCUUCUCAACCUGUAAUUAGUAUAGAUGAUAACACUCCACAAAUUAAAAGCACUGAAGACAAAGCCAUGGAUAAUAAAUCAGAACCUGCAGAGCAAGAACUAAUUAACAUCAAUACCAAUGUACUUCCUGCACAAAAGGAGACUGUUUCUGAAAACUCUGUAGAUGUAGCAAAGGAGUCUCAGACUAUUUUACCUUCAAAUGACAUUAUUUUUGAAACAGGUAAAAGUAAAGUAAAUACUCAAAGGAUUGAACACCAUGACAAUAAAAAUCAAGAAGAUAAUGAUCAACCAAAGCAAACAAAAAUGGCUUUUAUCAAAAAAAGUGCACUAAACCCUACCAAAAUAAACAAUACCAAUAUUAUAAAUCACAAUUAUGUGAAAGAACCAACAACUUCUGAAAAUAAUGAUGAUAUAGAAAUUUCUAUUAAAGUAGGCAACACAAUCACUAAUAUAGUUAUAAAGAAGAAGCACAAUGAUGUCCAGGUUAAAGUGAACACAGACCAGGAAGUACAAACAUCUUUAGGGCCUCAUAAUUUGAAUCAAAAUAAUGAAAUUUCGGUAAAAGAUCCAACUACACAUAAUGUAGACAUAAAUAUCGGAAGUAUAGGCAAAAAAUAUAAGGAACCAGUAGUUAGUGUACUUACAUAUCAAAAUCUGCAACCAACAGAUUCUAACGUAGAAAAAUCAACAUCAGGCAAGAAAAAUACUGCAUCAGCGGACACAGCAACAGCCCAAUUCGAAAUAACAGAAAGUGUUGAAAAAGAACUGUCUAAUAUAAUGGAGUGUGACGAAAUUCAAAACAAAAUAGAAAAACCUAUUAACUUACCCAGUGCCAUACAACAAAACAUUGAAGAACAAAAUGUUAAUACAAAGAUUCAAGAGCAGGUUGAAAAUGUUGAAGAUUUGAAUGAUCUAGAUAUAUUUAAUAGUGGAUCAGUCAAGGAAGGCAAUGUUCAUGUGUUAAGUGCACACGCACCUUCCGAAAUAUUAAUUUCCACUGCUCAAAGUAGAGGAAGAACUCAAAAAACUGUUGAAAAACGUAACAGGGAUGAUAAUGAUGACAUUUUACCUAAAAAUAAGAAAGCGAAAAUGACCCAAAACAAGUCUAAUCUUAAAGAAAAAGAAACACAACUAGACAGUGACUCUAUAACUUAUGAUGCUUUAAUGGGUCAAGUGUUUGCAAAUAUAGAUGCUGAUAUUGAAGACAUCAGACAAACCCAAGAGCAGGAAACAGUUGUUGUCUUAAAAGAGGAUACAAGAGAAAAACAAGAUCAGAACACAAGUAGAAAUACUAAAAAACUGUCGCAAAUUAAAAAGACACAAACAUUGAAAACCGCCCAAGAUAACACUAACACUCAAGUAACACAGAAAGUAAAUGAAUAUUAUAAUGAGAAGCACAGUGAAAAUGUUUUUUCGAUUUUGGAAAAGGAAGAUGAAGUCUCACAAAUUGCUAAAACAGAUAAAGUAGCACCGCAACCCGAAGAAUUCUUGACACCAGUUAUAUGUCGACUGGAUUCGUCCCAGGAAAGUGUGGGCAACAAACAAAACAAAAAGUCGCAGGAUUAUGAUGAUUCAGAUCGAAGUGUUGUUGAAGAAACUCCACAAAAAAAUUUAUCAUUCCCUAAACUCAAACGAGCAAGUACAUCAAAUCUAUCGCAAAUAAAUUUAAGCGAUAGCAAAAAGGCUUCUUUACGAAGAUCAACAUCAAAUGCGAAAAGCGUUAUUAAUUUAACAGAUACGGUUACAGAUACCAAUAAAACUAGUGGAGAAGUAACGGUCAUUGAUACUGAAGUUCGGAAAGUAGCUUUGGAAACUCCCCUUACUAUAACGAAGUUUGCUGAUCAAAUAAAACACAAAUCUACGCCGAUGGCGAGAAAGUCCCUUAAUUUUAAUAAUGAAAAUGAUGAUGACCCAGAACAGACUUUAUGUCCUACCUCAGAAAUAGCGAAAACAACGCAAGAGAGGGAGUUUAUGAGUAAAGCAUUUGAGAGAACGCCUUCUACGCCAGCCGCGAGACCUUUAAAAGCUAGGAACGUAGGGUUAAAUUCGAACAGAAUGUUUUGCUUGGCUGGCUCCUGCUUAACAUCCACUGAACUAGCACAAGUAAAGAGUCUUUGUUAUGAACAGAAAUGGACGUAUGUCGAGAAAUAUACGAAAAAUAUUACGCAUUUAAUUGUAGGUGUUGAUGAAGAGAAAAAGUCGCAAAGAUCCGUUAAGUACAUGUGUGCAUUAGCAGCUUCUAAAUGGAUUGUCGCUUUUGAUUGGGUGAAGAUAUGUUUACAGAAAAAGGAAGUCGUCAAUGAGGAAUUCUUCGAAGCCUUAGACAGUACAGGUGAACCAGGACCGAGACGCUCUCGCAUCGCGAAGAAGAAGCUUUUCGAAGGCAUCUCAUUUUACUGCAUGCCUCCGUUUAGUGUACUUGAUCUUGAAACACUCAAGAACAUGUUAGUAGCUGCUGGCGGGCGAGUGGUCAAUGAGGCGAGGGCUGUCAAAAUAACGCCAGACAAUGCCCACCCUGCUCUGUUACUGGCUGAACCCGAACACACGCAGGAAGAUCGCUUUAUAUACCUCGCUAUGGAACAGAGUAUAGUGCCAGUUAACUACGAAUGGGUCUUAAACUGUCUAGGAAAUUACACUUUAGGAUCCAUACAUGAACUUCUACUAUGUCCUUCGUCGCUAUUACCAGCAGCCACUGCCAGAUGGCCUGAGGUUUUACUCAGCCAAGAUUAUGAUUAAAAGAAUACACUUCUACUACCUCAACCGAACGAACUACCUGACAGGGUAAUACAGGGCUUGAUGUGCCUUAUUACGAACUCACAGUUACUGAUUAGUGUCUAUGAUUAUGCAAUUAUGCUACUUGCGUUCUAGUAUAGUGCAAGGACAGGUGAGAAACUAAAAUGCCAUUGGGAUUUGAUUCGUUCGUAUAUCUGUUUCUGAGUAUUCACAUGAAUAGACUAAGUCCUUUUACGUUUCAAGUGAAACGAAAUUUUUUAGUUAAAAGUCAGGCACUAUACUAGUAUGGCACAACGAAAAUAUUGAAUAUCGUAUGUUGAAAUUAUAUAAAAAUGUUGCGUUAAUGAUGUUUAAAAUCUAUUUUUCAAUUAUUUUAUUGUAUGUAAUUUUAGUGUGACCCAGUAAUAUCUAGUAAUAAUAAUUGAAAAUUACACUGACAUUGUUAAAUGAGUUUUUACGAUUCAAUUACUCUUGUAAUAAGGUAUUAAAUAUAAUGUUUAUACGUCAGAAUA